AUGACGCAAAUAAUGAGGAAAACUUUCCGGCCAGCCACUGACGCUGGACCAGGCAUUUCCGCCGGGAGGAGCGGGCGGGGAGCGGGAAGACGAGAGCAGGUCCGGAGGCCUGGAAACCCGCGCACCUUAGAAGGGCGCGGGGGAGAGAGAGGGGCGCCGUUCCCGCCGAGAGCUGAACCGCGCGCGGGCAGCCCGGGAGAUCGCGCGGAGCGGCGCCGCCGUCGGCUCGGCUUUAUUAUUGAAAACUCUCCUGGCUUGGACUCAGUUCCCUCCCAGACAUUGAUGAUGAAGUGACUUGGCCUGCUGCUGAAGGGUUUCAUCUGCUUGAGGCUUCCUCAGCAUGUCUGCUGAAAGUAAUCAGCCGCCAGGAAGAUCACCACCUCCUCAUCCUCCCACACUUUCCCAAAAUUCCACACAGAUCUUCUCUUCAGAGGAGGAGGAUCCUGAGGGAGAUGAAAGCUCAGGGGAAGAAUCUCCACUUCCUGAAGAGGAAGAGAAUCUGGAGGAAAAUGGCAAUCUGGAAGAGGAAAACUAUCUGGAGGAAGACGAGUAUCUGAAAGGAAAGGAGUAUCUGUAUGAGCAGGAGUAUCUGAAGAAGGAAAAGGAUCUGCAGGAGGAAAAGCGGCUAAAAGACAAAGAGGGUCUGCAUGAAAAGUUACUGGAAGAGGAAUCCAAGAUGACUUCUUCAUCACAAACCCUGCCUUAUCUUAACGCAAGGAGCCCAGCUGCCGGCCCCUCUUGGGUGAGCACCUUCUUUACCGUCCCUGCUUCUAUCUCUGAACCUGGCAGCAAGUCUCCUCACUAUGACACGACACCUCCUGCAUCCUCCGUGGAGCAGGAUAGAGAAUUUCUGGCCUGGCAAGACCGGAGCACACAGACGGAAUGGAUCUAUGACAGCCUGUCGGCAGCUUCAAAACUGAGACUUACAAGCAAACACGGAAGCCCAACAAUGAUGCUGAUGUCUGAUUUGGAAGCGUGUGGUAUCCCUGAAGCGCCACAAGAGCAAGAAAAUGCCAUGGAGUUUGUUUCCCAAGGGAGCUUUUGGGAUCGUGUAUUAAAUGAGCCCAUUGAAACCCUGGAAAUGGAGAGCUUCAGUAACAAUGUUUUCAGCAGCUCCUAUCAGUCAGUGUUUAGGACCAUGAUCGAAGCCAUGGCUGCUCGCAGUGAACUGGAAGAGGAUGUUGACAUUCCCCUGACUGGCCAUCUGGAGGGUGAAACCAGAAGGAAACUGGGAAUUCUGUUGAAGAAAAAUUUUGAAAAAUACAGAGAAAUAUUCACCUGGUUUAUGAAGAAACGUGAAAUCCUACUCAACACCAAAGCUGCAGAGACUAUCACAUUUCGUUUAUUGAGUCAGCCAGCACAAGUCAAGGAGCCUGUGAGAGAAGUCAAAAAGACUAAUCGUGUUGUUCGUCAUAAGAAGAAAUUAGAAGUAGAUACAGAAUGGGUAAAGGUCGAGACUAAGGUACAUAAAGGUGAUGGAAAAUUAAUUCUCUACCCCAGUGAGAAAGUCUUCCAAAUUCUCUUUCCUGACGGAUCAGGCCAGAUAUAUUACCCAUCAGGAAACCUGGCUAUGCUUGUCCUCAGCACGAAAGAGACAGUGUUCACAUACAUCAUUCUGGAAGACAGUAAAGAAAAGUAUGUUCGGGCUCUUGUCAGCAGCUCUGGCCAUGCCACCUUCUAUGAUGAAAACAGAGAAAUCCGGUUGAACCUGAGCCAAACCCUGUGCUACUACUUCCCACAAAACAAACGCCAGUUGGCCUGGAACUGGUGGGAUCUGGGCCUCCACGUCCACGCACCCCCGUUCCGGUCCAUCUCUUUGAAAAUCAACCGGUACAUCAAGGUACAAAUAAGGAGCCAGGAAAAGAUCAUCUUCCACUUCAUCUACCCAAAGAAGCACGUUUGCUUGAACCUGGGUACCAAGUACAAGUUCAUAAGCCCGGAGUUCCUGAGUGAAAUGAAGAAGAAAGAAAUCCUGGAGAUGGAGUUCGGUUCAACGGCUCAGAAGAUCCGGAUCCUUCUGAGAAAAAUGAGUAAGAUCCUGAAUUUCCUGACCGUUUCUGACUUGGAAGACUUCAUAGAGGCCACCAAGACCUUGCUAGAGGAGCACAAGAGUCUGAGGAGGACAUCUUACGUCUCAGGCACCAGAUCAUCCUGGGGCUUCUCCAGCAUCUGCAGGCUGUCUCAGGAAGGUGGAGUCAUCAGGAGCUUGAAGGAAAACGCCUAGGGCCCUGCUUUUGUCUUUUGAGAGCUGGUUUGUAACUUGGGACCUGUCACAGUUCCUUGGUUUGAAGGAAAAAAAAAUGUUUUGGGGAGGCUGACAGAAGCUGUGGCUGGGCACAAAAAAACUUAAUCAUCAGCCCUGACCUGACAGCAUGAGAAGCAAGUCGUUUCAGUAGGCAAUACAUGUCGACACCUGCCC